CCUGGUUACGGUGCGUCUCCAACCCUUCUGACAGAAGCCCAGGAGAAGAAUUGGAAGGGGAAAAAAGACCGUGGGACCGAAUAAAAUUUAAUCUUGCCUGACAAAAAGUUACCAUGCUCGGAGAGGGAGAGAGCAACACCUUUCCUUCCCCCAAGGACGCGCUCCGCCCGGAGGAGAGGAGAAAGUCCCCGGUGGUGGGUGCAGAUGACCCGGCUAUGGCCGGCAGCGCUAGCCGAUACACCGACGGACUCGGGCCAGACCGCUAUUAUAUCUCAACCCCAUCCAAGCAAACUGGAGACAUGGCGAGUCCAUGUUCGUUAUUCCCUUAUUCCCAGUCCGGUACCGUUUACACGGCUUCCGGCGGAUCCAGAUAUUCGACAUCGCUUCACUUCAGCUCGGUGUUGCCUCCCACGGGAUUCUCCUCGGCGGGACGCAAUCAGUUCGGCUCGGCCUACCAGUUAGGACAGGGUGGAUGUCUCUACCCUCCAUACAGCACCGGGUCCGGGAUCGGCUCGGUGCCCCUAACCUCAGGCACGGGGGUGAGGGCUCAGGUCUACCUCUGUAACCGGCCUCUCUGGCUCAGAUUCCACCGUCAUCAGACCGAGAUGAUUAUCACCAAACAGGGCAGGCGGAUGUUCCCGUUCCUGAGUUUCAACCUGAUGGGUCUGAACCUCUCUGCUCAUUACAACGUGUUUGUGGAGGUCACGCUCGCGGACCCCAACCACUGGAGGUUCCAGGGCGGGAAAUGGAUCACCUGUGGAAAAGCGGACAAUAAUAUGCAGGGAAACAAAAUGUACGUCCAUCCUGAAUCUCCCAACACGGGAGCACAUUGGGUGAGACAGGAGAUCUCCUUCGGCAAACUGAAGCUCACCAACAACAAAGGAGGCAGCAGCAACAACGCACAGAUGAUAGUCCUUCAGUCUCUUCAUAAGUAUCAGCCACGGCUACACAUUGUUGAGGUGACCGAGGGGUUGGAGGACAUGAGCAGCGACCCAAAGACCCAGAGCUUCACCUUCCCCGAGAACCAGUUUAUAGCCGUCACUGCUUAUCAGAACACUGAUAUCACACAACUGAAAAUUGACCACAACCCUUUUGCAAAAGGAUUCAGGGAUAACUAUGAUUCGAUGUACACAGCUCCAGAGGGCGACCGACUGACCCCCUCCCCCACAGACUCCCACCAGAUCGUCCCAGGUGCCCGCUACGCCAUGCAACCUUUCUUCCAGGACCAGGUCAUCAACAACCUGCCUCAGAACCGCUUCUACAACAGUGAGAGGACAGUACCCCAGACCAACAGUCUCUUUUCCCCCCAGCCAGAGGACAGCGCCUCCCAGAGGUGGUUUAUCUCCAUGCAACAGGGACCAGCUGGCCCCAACAAGCUGGAUCUCAGUUCCUACGAAGGGGACUACUCUAGCAGCCUGCUCCCCUACGGUAUUAAUUCCCUGCCUCUACAGAACUCCCACGCUCUCACCUACUACCCGGACUCUCCUUUCACUUCCAUGGCAGCAGGAUGGGGCUCUAGAGGAUCUUACCAGAGAAAGGUGACCACAGGCUUGCCCUGGUCCCCUAGACCCAGCCCUACUGGGUUCCCAGAGGACCAGCUGUCUGUGCCCGACAAAGACAAGGCUCAGGGGGAAGGGAUCAAUGGCAGUAGUGUUGGUACCAUAGCUUCAACGUGGACUGAUACUCACUCUUCCACGCUGAGCCUGGAGAAAGCUGACUCUGGAGCCGUGGUGUGUAAAAGGAGUCGUGUGUCUCUGAGUGGAUCCGGCACAGAGAACUCCUCCGCUGUAAAGUGUGAGGAUGUGACUGCCACUGACACCUACAGCAAAGAGUCAUCUGUUUCUAAAAGCAUGGCUUACUAUUCCUUCUACACAAGCCCUUAA